AUGGAGAUUUCUGAAGAUAUGAUUGCUCCGUUUAACGAGCAAAUUGUUGGCUUUGCUGGAGAGAGGGUAGACACCCGGGGAUAUAUCGACUUACGAACCCACCUAGGAUCUGAAGAUGGUGGUAAAGAGCUCAGAGUUCGUUUCUUACUUGUAGAAGCAAACACGUCCUAUAACGCCCUCCUAGGACGCCCAUGCCUGAAUGCCUUUGGGGUAAUCGUGUCUACCCCACAUCUGGCGAUGAAAUUUCCAACAGACAAAGGAAAUAUUUGUACCGUCCGGGCAGACGAGAGAACCGCUCGUCAAUGCUAUGUUGCCGGUUUAAAGGUCACACCUUACAGAAAAGAAAAUCGCACGGAGACUAUCCUGAUUGACCUUGAUCCAAGGACCAAUACAGACGAACGCAUACAACUGGAAGGUGAGAUAAGGCCUUUCGUCGUGGGAAAAACCGAACAACAAACUACUUCAAUCGCCGCCAACCUUAAGCCAUUUGACAAAAAUGCGUUGAAAGAACUAUUGAAGAAUAACAACGAUUUAUUCGCCUGGAUCAUGGUAAAAAAGGCGAACAGACAAUGGAGGAUGUGUGUGGACUUCACGGACCUCAAUAAAGCAUGCCCCAAGGACUCUUAUCCGCUUCCCAAUAUCGAUCGUUUGGUCGAUGGCGCGUCCGGGCACACUGUUCUUAGUUUCCUGGACGCUUAUUCGGGGUAUAAUCAGAUCUCGAUGCAUGCUCCAGACAGAGAGAAGACCGCUUUCAUUACUGAGCAUGCGAAUUAUUGUUUUGAUGUCAUGCCGUUCGGUUUGAAGAAUGCCGGAGCCACUUAUCAACGUCUAAUGGAUAAAGUUUUCCAUAAUCAGACAGGCCGUUGCAUGGAAGUAUAG